AAAUAAAUCAAUCAAUAGUUAGAAUUUAUAACAUUUCAAAUUAAUUAAGAACCACAUAAUAAAUGAUGCAAUUUCACAAUUGUACAUUAGAAGACGACAAGAAACAGUUUCAAAGAAUCCCAAAAUUUGCGUCGUUUCGAGAAAAAUUUGUCAGGCGCCACCAAUUAAGUAUCUUAAUGUCUUUUAAUCAUCCUUUAGCUCGUUUAUACUAUCGAACGUACAGCGCUAUCCGUGUCGCUCGAAUCGAACAUAUUAAUUCGGCACACCGAUAUAUUAUUCAUCCGUUUAGUGAUUUCAGAAAACGUUGGGAGUUAUUUAUGACAAUACUUCUGACAUUUCUUUUAAUUAUAACACCUUUAAACGUCGCAUUCGGUCAAAUAACGCUACUUUAUUCGACAAUUAUUUGUGAUAUUAUUUGUUUAUUCGAUGUUGGAAUGAGAUUUUUUACUGGAUAUACAGUCGAUCACUUAAAAACGGUCGUGCUAGACCCUAAGAUGAUAAGAAGUCAUUAUUUAAAAAGUUUGGAUUUUUAUUUAGAAAGUAUUUCGAGUUUUCCAUGUCUUAUUUUUGCUUGUGUUGGUUGUAUGAUUGAUAGACAAAAUACUUAUCCUACAUAUAUAACCACUUUAUUUCUAUUAAAAGUGUUAAGGUUGAAGAGUUUGUUGGAAUAUUGUGGACAUGUUUUUGAAUAUUUUUAUAUUAUUGAUAGAUGGUAUUUAAGCCAUUUAAAAUUUAGUAUUUUAUUUAUUGUAACCUUACACUGGUUCGGAUGUUUUAUUCCAAUUUCGAAUCGUUAUUCUUUGCUGUUCACAACAUAUGAACCAACAUGCGAAAAUUGGGUUGUUACUAAAAUGGUAGUUCAGGAACAGUACGAAAACGACUUUUUAAUGUAUUACGAAUCAGUUUAUAUUGCUGCAAAACAUCUCUUUUGCAUUACAAAAAAGGAUCAACUAGAACUUAAGACAGUCCGACACAUUUUCCAAUAUAUAAUUGCAACUAUAAUUGGUUACUUCUAUUGGUGCUUUGCGUUAGUUCUUUUCAUUCAAACAUUAUUUCGAAUAGACAACGCCGACAUUCGUUAUGAAUCCGUUAUGAAUCAAUUAAAUAAAUACAUGAGACACAAGCAGAUUCCAUUAAAAAUGCAACAAAGACUCGUCGAUUAUUAUGAGUUUAGCCUCGGAAAAUCUUAUUGUCGAGAAGCCACUGUUAUCACUUUAUUAUCAAAACGCCUUCAACAUGAAGUAGUAAUGCACGCAACGACAAUGAUGGCAAAAAACGUCACGUUUUUAAGGGAACUACCCGAUGAUAUAAUGUCAAACAUUAUAGCAAAUAUGAAGUUGGAAAUUUUUCUUCCAGGCGAUCAAAUUAUGACGGCCGGAGCUCCAGCUACGGGAAUGUACUUUAUUAACACGGGAACGGUGUGCGUUUUUAGUCCAUCUGGAAGAGAGAUUUGCCAUCUAGAUGAUGGAAGUUAUUUUGGUGAAGUCGGUUUAAUCACUCAGGAGAAGACAAACAUCGCUAAUGUGGUCGCUUUGGAAAUAACAGAAGUUUAUCGAUUGGAUAAGAAGGAUUUUUAUGAGCAAAUUAGAGGAAAUUUACCUGAAUUGUACCGAAAAAUGGAAAGUAAAGCUGAAAGGAGAAGAGAAAAUACGAAAGUUAUGGAAGAAAUUCAUCGAAAACAACAAUUAGAAGCUACAAUGAGAGUUAAGUUACAUUGAAAUUGUUUAUUUUAAAGAAUUUUUAUAGAAAAUUAAAUUAAUUGGUAAAA